AUGGCGCCCCACGUGGGCGACGCGGCCCCGGUUGCCCACGUCAGCGAACCGGUCGUCAAAGGAGAGGCGAAAGAUGGGACCUCCCACGACAACACGCAAGGCACUUACGAGGACAGCUAUCAUUACGAAGACGGGAGCCAUGGCAGCGGGUUCUCUGAGUGGGUGCAGAAAUUGAUCUGGCGAGGGGGAUCCAAGUAUGACGCCUGGCUGAACGCUGCCUCCGCCCAGGUGGGGCAGGUCAUUCUGACCCUUCCCACCGCGAUGGCUCAAAUGGGUUUCGCACUGGGUCUCGUCACUCAGUUCGCCUUUGCCGCCCUCGGCUGCUGGACAGCGUACCUUCUUUCAGCCCUGUACGCGGAGCACCGGGUGCGCGGCGAGCGCGCGCGCGGCCCCAAGGCGUUCCAGGGCCACGUGAUCCAGUAUCACGAGAUUGCGGGAUCCCUCGUGGGGCCCUGGGCGCGCUGGGCGGUUGUUGUCUUCAAUCUGCUCUCGCUUGGGGGGCUCACCGUGGUGCAGAUUAUCGCGUGCGCGAGCGACAUGUACUACCUCAGCUCGGUUCUCUCCAAGCGCUCGUGGGCGCUCGUCUUCGGGGGCAUGUCGCUGCUAACCGUGCUGUUACCCACAUUCCAUAACUACCGGGUUUGGUCGUUUUUGGGUUUGGUGGCGACCACUUAUACCUCCUGGCUUAUGGUCGGGGAGAGCCUCCACGUGGGGCAGGCGCCCGGGGUGAAGCACCGGGGGCCUCACGACAUUACGUCAUUCUUCAGCGGGCUGACGACGGUUCUGUUCGCGUAUGGAGGGCAUUCAAUCACCAUCGAGAUCCUGCACGCCAUGUGGCACCCCCGCAAGUACCCGCUGACGUACGUGACAGCGGUCGCGUACGUAUUCACACUGACCGUCCCCAACUCGGUGUCCGUCUACUGGGCGUACGGCGACCAGGUCUUGAAGAAGAGCAACGCGUUCGGGGUGCUUCCGCCCAGCCCCCAGCGGAACGUCGGAAUCAUUCUGAUGGUCCUGCAUCAGGGGGUCGCUUUCGGGCUGUUCGUGACCCCCCUGUACUUCCUGUGGGAAAAGCUUCUGGGCACGCACCAAGCGAGCUACAUCGUGCGCGUCAGCUCGCGCAUCCCCGUCGUGCUCGUGAUCUGGUUCUUGGCUGUGGCCUUCCCCUUCUUCGGACCAAUCAACUCCAUCUUGGGAGCGCUCACGACGACUUUCGCGACUUAUUUGCUGCCCGUCGCCCUCCAUUGGAUCACCUUUCGGACGUCUGAGGCCCGCGCGAACGCUGUGAUUAAGCCCCCCCGUUGGCUGGGCCGCAACUGGAACGUCGCGUUCCUCAUCUCCGGUGUAACCUUCCUCACCGUCGCAAUCUUGGGCGUCGGUUUCGGGGGCUACGCGAGUAUUCACACCCUGAUCGACCAGAUCAGCACGUUCGGGGUCUUUGACGAGUGCUACCAGUGCCCCGCCCCACCCAAGCCGAAGCGGUUCUAG